CUCCUGCGCGCGUGUGUGUGUGUGUGUGUGUGUGUGUGUGUGUGUGUGAGUGUGUGAGCACAGAGGGCUUGUAUUGUAUCCCAGGCCUCCCAGGAGCAGGGGCAGAAGGGGGCAUGUGUAAGGAGUGCACUGCUUCUCUCCCACUCCACAUCCCCGUCCAGAAGAGAAGACAAGCACCUCCUCGGCUCGACUCGAGCACCUCCUCGCCUCGGCUCGAGCACCUCGACUCGACUCGCUCGACUCCCUUUCCAUCCUCCCCUCGACCUCACAGAGAGAACACCGCUGACGGCACAAACUGCUCCUGGAAAACUACACCUACUCUCCGUUUACCCCCCCCCCCCGGCUGAUGUUUAUAGAGUCUACAGAGCGCCUGGGGCAAAUUCAGAGGCUUCUAUUUAAAGUCACUGGUCUGUGGAGAGAUGACGGAGGUGAAUUAAGACGGUAAGAAGGACACAUAUAGAACACAUCACUAUGGCAGUGCAGACACCCUGAGAAGUUGAGGGACUGAAGUCUAAAAUGAACGCCACAGAAGCUGAAAUGGAGCUAUUGAGCAACAGCAUGGCAACAUAUGCCCACCUCAAAGACAACCUGGAGAGCUUUGCUCUGUACUUCAUGCUGGGGGUGUGUUCCGGCCUGCUCAUGGCCCUCUGCUUGCUCGUGCUGGGCCUCGCGUGCCGGCGGCCGCGCGCUAAACAAGCUCCUCGCUCACCUGACAUGCGGCAGCUGCGAGAAUCGAGCGAGGAAGACGAGGAUGAGGACGACGACGGGGAUGAUGAGACCAGCCAGGGGAAAGACGACGAAGAGGCGGAGAUUCCUCGAGUGACGGUAGCGCCCACGAGCGAUCUCAGCCAGUCCAAUGGCACCUUACGGAGUGUUAACGUCUUUGCCUCAGUUGAGGAGCUCGAGAAAGCGAGACGAUUGGAGGAGCGGGAACGCAUCGUCAGAGAGAUCUGGAGAAACGGACAGCCGGACAUACUGGCCACGGGCACAGGCACCCUCGGACGUGUACACUACCACUGACCACCUCAGAUUGAACAUUGACUUGAUGGUGGAGUUUGCCAUGAGCCUGUCCUGUGAUACGCAAUUUGGGUCGUUUGUUAAUAUACAUUUUCCAUUUAACACCACCCUUCAGAAAAAAAGGAUCAAACGUUUGUUUGUGAAAGCUUGUAUGAUUUUUUGGGGAUGUGUCUGGCUUGUGUUUGUUUUUCUUUCACUAAGUUACUCCCUCGGGGGUCUUAGAGAUCCCAAUGCAUAGUUUAAAUCCAACAACCAAAUUACUGUAAGUCUUUAGAAAAAUUACAACAUUUCUUGACCUCCUAAAACCACUGAAUAGAAUGAAGGUGGUAAUGUUUAGUAAUUCAUACUUCCUGGUUGGCAAUGUUGUAGGCUCAAACAUAGGCUAACAUGUUGAGCCUUGAUUUAUUUGGUUUCUACAGUACAGUUAUUUGGGUGUGGUUGUGAAGACACUUUAACACUUUUUAAAUUUGACAAAUGUAAUACCACAAUCACCAGACCCCCUGGUCUUGCAUUAAUACUAAUCCUCUGUUCUCAUUUUCUUAAAUUGUAUUCUUCAACUUCACAGCUUGUUUGUGCCAAAUGCCAUUUCACAUUCACAGCCAAGUUAAGGUACAGAGUUUACAUUAUUCUGUAACAAAAGCAACUUUGUAGUCCUCACCAACAUCUUGAGGGGGGGAAAAACUAUAUAACCCCGGUCACCCCUCAACUUGUCGGCACCUUCCCGCCUCUCCUCGUCCAAGAAUAACACCCCAGACGUCCUCAGGCCUCUAAGGGACUUGCUCUGUGGCAAUCUAGACCCGAACACUGAAAAGCAUUGUCAACCAGGAAAUGCCUCUGGAAUCGGACUGUUGUGAAAUAGCCGUUUUUUUAUGCACUCCUACGUGCAUGCUAAAAUAUUUCGGACAAUUCGGACAAUUCAGUGUAUUUAGUGACAUUGGACGUAGACUGUUUCCUUGCAUGUUGCCUGUUGGCAUUGUAUGAUGUGACUGGUGAGGUUUGUUGUCCUGUAGUAGUAGUAGUAGGUCACAACCCCAUUGCAU